AUGUACCCGCUGACGACCGUGGACCAGUACAGGCUACAGCUGUAUCAGUACGCGGUGGUGGCCCAGCGGCUGUAUCCAGGUCCGUACCCAUCGCCGUACCCACCGGGCCGACUCCCCCUAGGUCUGAGGCCGGAGGAACCCAAGCCGCAGCACAGCUACAUCGGCCUAAUCGCCAUGGCGAUCCUUAGCUCGCCAGAGUACAAGCUAGUCUUGUCCGACAUCUACCAGUACAUAUUGGAUCACUACCCUUAUUUCAGGACGAGAGGUCCAGGCUGGAGAAAUUCUAUAAGACACAACCUCUCCCUCAACGACUGCUUUGUGAAGGCAGGAAGGAGUGCCAACGGGAAGGGACAUUAUUGGGCAAUUCACCCCGCCAACGUGGAAGACUUCAAGAAGGGUGACUUCAGGCGGAGGAAAGCUCAAAGGAAGAUGAGCAAUGAUCCGCAGGUGAGGCGGCACAUGGGACUGGCGGUGGACGACGACGGAGCCGAUUCGCCGAGCCCUCCGCCCCCACCCGCGGCGGCCCCCGCCGCCCCCAGCUGGCCCGGCCCGCGGAAGAAGCGGCAGUUCGACGUGGCCUCCCUCCUCGCCCCCGACCCAGAGGAGGAGUCCCCCUGGCCCUGCCACACCCUCAACCGCCACCUCAUGGCCAAGUACUACCAGCAGGCCUGUCCUCAGGAGUCCUGCCUCCCCAGGGUCUGA